UGCCAGGCACCAGUCGGCUCAAUGGUUUCAGCCCCAAUUUUGGGAGUCUUCAGCGCCAGACCGGAGCGGUUUGGGCGCCAUGGGACUUGUGGAUGGGGUGAAGCACAAGGUGAGCGAGUACAACCAGGCGAUUUCGAGCGCUCAGACUCCCAAAGCCGCGCUGCGGAUCUUGGCGCGGCUCAGGUGGUGGCGCCUGGAGCCCACGGUGGUGACCUUCAACAGUCUGGCGGCGGUGUGCGGCCGACGGGCCUGGGAGGAGGGUUUACACGUCCUGGGCCAGGGCCGGGCCCGAGGUCUGUGCGACCUGGUCUCCUACAACACCGCGGCGGCGUGGAGCUGGAGGUUGGCUCUGGACUUCUUGAGCCAAGGCCUGGAGCCGGAUGUGGUGACCUACAACUCCUCCAUGGGCGUGGAGUCGGAAGCUUGGAGCCGAGCGCUGCAGGUGAGGGCGGAAGUUUGGACUAGGGGCCUCCAGCCCACAGCAGUGACUCAUAACGUGGCCAUCAACGCGUGCGCCAAGCACUGCUGGCGAAAUGCCCUGCUGAUCUUUGAGGAAUUGCAGGAGGAGUCCCGAAGUGAUGCUACCUCCAAGACCUACACCGCGGUGAUGGGUGCGUGUGUGACCAGCGGCAGAUGGCAGCCUGCGCGUGAACUCCUGGAAGACAUGCGGGCGGCGCGCAUGUCUCAUGGGUCAACCCAUACCUUGGCCAUCGACGCAUGCGGCAAAGCUUCUGAGUGGCAGCAGGCGCUGGGCCUCCUUUUGGGCAUGGAAGCCUUCGGCCUGCCGCAGAACCUGGUUGCCUUCAACGCCGCCAUCAACGCAUGCGCAGAGUCGAGCCACUGGCAGCAUGCGACCUUGCUUCUGGAGGAGAUGAAACGGAAGACUCUGCGGAGUGACGCCAUCACCCAAACGUCUCUUACGGAUGCCUGCGCGCAGGCGCAACAGUGGCAGCAUGCCAUGUCCUUAGUUGUGGAGGCCCAGGUGCUGACCCUGGGGGCCAAUAAGAUCCUGAACAACGCCGCGAUGAGCGCAUGCGAGAAAGGACUCUGGCGACAGGCAGCACUGCUGGCAUUUCCCAAGCCCACCAGGUACGGUUGCAACGUCCACAUCAGUGCUCUGGGCAGAGAGGAGCACUGGUCCAGGGCCCUACAGAGUUUGCACACCUUGUCGCAGCUGCGGCUCCAGUCGGACGAGGGGAGCUGCGUGCCGGUCCUGGCGUGCCAGGCCUGGCGCCGCGCGCAGCGCCUGCUGGACGCGCCGCUCCUCCGCGCGGCGCUAGGCGCCUCGGGCGCGGCGCGCAACGCGGUGGUCAGCCGCCUGGCCAAGGGCGGCGAGUGGCGGCGGGCGCUGCAGGGCCUGGACGCCAAGGACGCCUUGCAGCCGGAUGAGGUGACCUUCAUUUGCAACAUCAGGGCCGAGAAGGCAAGGUGGCAGAGGGUUCUCUUGCUGCUCCAGGCGCAAGACUUCCAAAGCACCGAGGUGUUCUCCGCCUGCAUUUUCCAGAUCUCUGAUUGGCGGGUCAGCUUGAUACUCCUGGAGGACAUGACCAAGCAAAGGAUUUGGCCGGAUGAUUGGACCAUGCACACGGCAAUUCGCACCUGCACGCGCUGGGAGCAAGUGCUGCGGCUGGUGGGCCGGGCUCCAUCGGAGCGGGUCAUGGAGUUGGCCAUCGAGGCGCUGAUGCAGGGCGACCGCCUCGGCCAGUCGGCGAUGCGGCCGCAAAGCAGGGAGGAGGCGCCUGAGCCCAAAGACCAGGUGCGGUCGGUGCCGGCGGCUCUGCGGGGCAUGGUGCUGUCAGCGCUGCCGGUGCCAACCGGCAGGCGCAAGGCGCUGGUCAUCGGCUGUGGCUACUUCGAGUCGUCGAUGCCGCUGGCUGGGGCCAUGAACGAUGCCUGGAAUGUGCUGAGCCUCUUGCGGCAUACGCUGCAGUUCCCGGAGAGCCAGGUGCGGUUCCUGGUGGACGGCACCCGGAGCUGCCCCAUGCCGGUGCAGCGCCGGCCCACCGCGCAGACCAUCGCGGAGAGCUUGCAGUGGCUGACCCACGAUGCGCAACCUGGCGACCAGCUCUUCCUCUACUACGCAGGCUACGGCUUGCUGCUGCCACAUGGUGUGGGCUCCUUCGAGUCUUGCCUCGUGCCCAUCGACUUCGCAGCUAUGGCUGCGGAGACUUCCGGGUGUGGGUACAGGCUGGUGCCCCUGCUGGACGUGUCCAUGGCGCUUUCGCGGCUUCCACCUGCAUGCAAAGUCACCGUGGUGCUGGAUUGCUGCCACGCCGCUUUGCCGGGUCUAGGAUCCAAGCCGCAGCCAGCAGUGUUUCAGUGGGCCCAGAUGCAGCCCCCGGCCUUUGCCGGCUUGGAGGAGGCGGGGGUUGGCUUCGAUCCCCGCGCGCGACGGCUGGUGCUACCAAGCGUCCCGCUCAGCGCGCAGCGGGCGCCUGCACAGGUGCCCAACUUCAACUGCGCGCUGACCUGCUACGCCGCCUGCCACCAGGCGCAGUGGUGUGCGGAGCUCCCCAUCGAGGGCGUGGUGCAGGGCAUCCAUGCGGUGGUUUCAGACCAGCAGGGCACUUUUGACUUGCCAUGCAACUUUUCUGAAGAGACGCUGCGGAUUCACAACUUCUCCGGCAUGGCCAUGAUUCAUGGGUCCAGCCCAGCUGGACACAACUGGACCUUCGGCCAGUGUGACGAUGUGCCAGGUUGGGCGCAAGUGGCCUUUUGCCCUAACAAGGUCUUGGUGGGCGACGAAGUGCAAGCCGGUUUUCUGGACAGCUUUGUGGAUCCACGCGUGGUUUGUCCAGGCGGAAGUCUGGUGGAAGCCCACCUGGUCUUCCAGAAGUCUGGCUUCCAGCUUUGUCAAGACUUGUGCGCAAAGCAAACCUGCUACAGAUUGGCAUCCCUCGCCAACAUAAGUGAAGGUGUGCGGAAUGACUGCCUUAUGGAGAACGUCAAGAAGAACUUUCGCAAUUUCAGCGCGGCGUCGGAGGCGGGGCUGCUGCAAGUUCUUCAGGGCCCUUGCGCCCGCAGGCUCUCCGAAUCUCCUUCCCCUGAGACAGCUGCGGCCUUGAACAACUCGCACAAGCUGGUGACGCAGCAUGACCCCUGGCAAGGCCCUGGCGCAGGCAAGGUGAUCCUACUGGACAGUUCUGGGUCUAUGGGUGGGGUUUUAGCAGCUGUGAGACAGAAACUGGGGAUGGAGUUUCCAAGUGUGAAGUUGUUGGAUGCAGGCGAUUCAGCUUUCACGGACCGCGGGAGCAUGGGCAGACAGCUUCAGAGUGCUCUUGAAUCUCUCCCUGCGCAUUCUAUGCUGAUCAUCGUCAGUGACUUUGAAGACAGCGUUCAGGAGAGUUUUUGCAACAAGUUGCAUCAGCUGGCCAAGGCACAGCAUGUCGUGCUCGUUCUGGAAUCAGUUGACCGCUAUCCAAAGGACUGCUUGCACGAAGUGGCUAAGGCCUUUACCUGGGCCUGGGUGAAGGCCAUGGUGGCCGGGGCCUGCGAGGGCCACGCGGGGCAGAUGCAGGGCCUGCUGCAGACGCACAUGUCGGACCUGCAGCGGCGCUACCGCUGGCUGGACCAGACCCCCAUGGUGCAGAUGUCCAAGGCUGUGGAGGAGAGUAGCCUUGCGUUUUGA